GGUCAUCCCCUGUACUGUCUGCAGUCUCUGGGUCAUCCCCUGUACUGUCUGCAGUCUCUUGGCCAUCCCCUGUACUGUCUGCAGUCUCUUGGCCAUCCCCUGUACUGUCUGCAGUCUCUUGGCCAUCCCCUGUACUGUCUGCAGUCUCUUGGUCAUCCCCUGUACUGUCUGCAGUCUCUUGGCCAUCCCCUGUGCUGUCUGCAGUCUCUUGGCCAUCCCCUGUGCUGUCUGCAGUCUCUGGGUCAUCCCCUUUACUGUCUGCAGUCUCUUGGCCAUCCCCUGUACUGUCUUCAGUCUCUUGGUCAUCCCCUGUACUGUCUGCAGUCUCUUAGCCAUAUCCUGUACUGUCUGCAGUCUCUGGCCAUCCCCUGUACUGUCUGCAGUCUCUUGGCCAUCCCCUGUACUGUGUCCGCAGUCUCUGGUCAUCUCGUGUACUGUGUCCGUGGUCUCUGGUCAUCACCUUUACUAUGGCCGCAGUCUCUGGUCAUUUCCUGUACUAUGUCUGCAGUCUCUGGUCAUCUCCUGUACUGUGUCCGCAGUCUCUGGUCAUUUCCUGUA